UGCUGGUCGACCUCUCUCUCUCUUUAGGAUCGUGUUACUCGACGCCCCAUGUUUAUUAGGACCGGGUCAGUGCGCCGUUAGCCGCGGGACAACGGAGUGUCGGAUCCGACAUCAUCUGCUGGAGAACUGCACCUCAAUGCCUUGAAAAACGGGAUCAAGUGCAAAAAAUCCUGCCGAUGUGGAGAAAUCCCAUCCGCCCGAAGCUCUAAAAAUGAUCGACACAAUGGACACGCAACGCGCCUUGCAGGCGGUGGAGCGUCUCCAGGCCAAGCUGAAGGAGCGGGGGGAGUUGCCCACCGAGGAGAAGCUAAGCCUGCUCAGGUCGGUGCUCCAGAGUCCCCUCUUCCACCAGAUCCUGGCCUUGCAGAAGGCCGUGCAGCAGCUCAGAGACCAGGGAGGUGUCACACCUGCUUUGCGUGGAAGUGAUAUCAGUGAUCAUGUGACGACGGUACAACAACACAACAGCAGUCACGACUCUCAUUCGGACAUCUCGACAGCGGCGCCUACUGUCAAGACAUCAUGCGAAGAAUUCAAUCAGAAUAUUCAGACCAUGGCGCAGGGACGCUACGUGGCUCACGUAGACUUGCACAAGCCUGCGUCGGGAGCCGGUCUGGGAUUCAGCGUGGUGGGCCUGAAGAGCGAGAACCGCGGCGAGCUCGGCAUCUUUAUACAGGAGAUUCAAGAGGGGAGCGUGACUCACAGCGAUGGAAAGCUAAAAGAAGCCGACCAGAUUCUGGCCAUCAACGGCCAGCCCCUGGAUCAGACGGUGACCCACCAGCAGGCCAUCGGCAUCCUGCAGAAGGCGUCUGAGAGGGUGCAGCUCACCGUGGCCCGAGGACCCAUACCUCAGCUGUGGCAACAUGUGGAGACCAUUGAGUUGGUCAAUGACGGGACCGGCUUGGGCUUUGGUAUCGUGGGAGGAAAGACGACCGGUGUUAUUGUGAAGACCAUCCUUCCUGGAGGCAUUACGGACCAGGAUGGACGCUUGCGAAGCGGAGACCACAUUCUAAGAAUCGGUGACACCGACCUGUACGGCAUGGGCAGCGAGCAGGUGGCACAGGUCCUGCGGCAGUGUGGAAACAGGGUGAAACUUGUCAUUACCAGGGGACACGUGGAUGUGGAAAAUCCCUCCGUGUCCUCCUUCACACCGGAAGAGAUCCAGCAGGAAGAGGAGCAGGAGAGACAGGAGGUGGACAAGGGUUAUGAAGGGGGGGACGAAGGGGCUGGAGGAUUUGACGUCAGCCUCACCAAGAACAACCAAGGCCUGGGGAUCACGAUUGCUGGUUAUGUUGGGGAUAAAAAUUCAGAGCCGUCUGGUAUUUUCGUCAAGAGCAUCACAAAGGACAGCGCCGUGGAUCAAGAUGGACGUAUUCAUGUGGGAGACCAGAUAGUGGCUGUGGAUGGCGUCAACAUCCAGGGCUACACUAAUCAACAAGCAGUGGAAGUCUUGCGUCACACGGGCCAGGCCGUCCACCUCAAGCUGAUUCGCCGAGGCUUCCGGCCUGAGGAGAUCCCCCCUGCCGUGGCCCCUGUCGUUACCGUCCUGCCCCCACUGGCUGCCGCCGCUCUGAUGGAGCUGGAGGUGAUAGAGAAGCAGAAGGAAGCAGAACAAGAUGAAAAAGAGACAAAGAGCAAAGAAACUGCUGCUGUAGAUCAACUGACAGAGGACAAACAAGAUUUUUACUCUUUACUUGAUAAAGGGACAACGCUGACGCCCUAUGAGGAGGAGGAACUGGUAAAGAAGUGGCAGGAGAUUCUGGGGGCUAACAAUGAAGUUGUCGUGGCUCAGGUGGAGAAGUUUAACGAGAGCAGCGGCCUGGGCAUCAGCCUGGAAGCCAGCGGUGGCCAUCACUACAUCCGCUCCGUGCUGCCCGAGGGCCCCGUUGGCCGCUGUGGUACGCUGUUCAGUGGGGAUGAACUAGUUGAGGUGAACGGUAUAGCCCUAAUUGGUGAGACUCACAAGGAGGUGGUCCGGAUCUUGAAGGAGCUUCCCCUUUGUGUGUACAUGACCUGCUGCAGACCCGCCCCCCACCAACAGGACAACGCUUCCAAAGAAGAAGAGUCUGAAGCGUUAUCUGCCAGAUCCAAAUUAAAGAAACCAAUUGACUUAAUCAGCGUGCCGCCGUUCGAGGUCAAUACGACAUUGACGACAGAAGAAGCGACAGCAAACAAUACAACCCCCAAGGCUAUAGUAUCCCCGCUGGCCAUGUGGGAGCUGGAGAUCCAGAAUAUCGAGUUGGAAAAGGGAGCCGGGGGACUGGGAUUCAGCAUUCUGGACUACCAGGACCCAUUGGAUCCAGCAAAGACUGUCAUUGUGAUCCGCUCGCUAGUUCCCGACGGCGUGGCCGAGCAGGAUGGUCGCCUAUUGCCGGGCGACCGCCUAAUGUAUGUGGAUGACACUGACCUGGAAGACGCCAGCCUGGAGGAUGCUGUCCAGGCUCUGAAGGGGGCCAAGAUGGGCAUGGUGCAGAUUGGGGUGUCCAAGCCUUUGCCCGGGAUAAGUGGGAAUUCCUACUCACCAAAGCUAGUAACGCCAUUUGACCUACGAGAUUCAGAUGACGAAGGGGAGCUGACCGGCAUCGUCCUUUUCCGAGCAGAGCCGGCAUUGGUCGACACCGGUGAAGUGGACGACGAGCUGCUGGAGCGCACUUUCUACGCUAAAGAAGAUACCUUUCAGGCAUCCAUGAUCGCUUUUCAUGGAAGUAGUGGCGACCUGGAUUACCUGAACUCAUCAACGCCCAAGUUGACGGCCUCAAAUCACCUCAACCAUGAACCAUUGUCCCUGAUCGACAUGACCACCAGACUAGGUGGAGUUGAUAACUACCUUUCAGCCACAGAGGAAACUCCAGAUCCUUUGCACUGCUAUAGCCCGUUUAGCGACUUGGAGAACAGACCCGCUGAAGUCCAGUCGGAAGAGAUGGUUCUGUCCACCGACACACAGAUGUUGAUGGAGGAGGAUGAGGAGUUGGAAACAAGAGGACGUGCAGACAAUGAUGCAGAGGAAGCGCUGAUGUCAGGAAGCAGUUUUGAAAGGACCAUCACGGUUGUCAAGGGCAACUCUAGUCUAGGGAUGACGGUGAGCGCCAUGAAGGAUGGCCUGGGGAUGCUGAUCCGCAGCAUCAUUCACGGCGGCUCCAUCAGCCGGGAUGGGCGCCUCGGAGUGGGCGACCUAAUUCUGGCCAUCAACGGGGAGCCCACAGCCAACAUGACCAAUGCCCAGGCCCGUGCCAUGCUUCGCCGGCACUCUCUCAUCGGGCCAGACCUAGAAUCCACACCCAAGGAUGAUCUGUCCCCGUUUUAUGUCAUCACGUACGUCCCUGCUGAGUAUCUGGAUGAGUACAAGAACAGCUUGGAGCAAGCCACAGGCAAUGUCUUCUCUGAACCACCGCCGCUAACUCCAGCUCCAAAGGAUGUUCCUAACCUUCCAGAGCGGGAAGACGGCGAAGGGGAGGAGAGCGUGACUUAUAGCAACUGGAGCCAAACUCGGCUGGUGGCGCUCUUCAGGCAGCCCGGCAAGUCUCUGGGCAUCAGCAUUGUAGGGGGACGUGGGAUGGGCAGUCGUCUUAGCAACGGCGAGGUGAUGAGGGGCAUUUUUAUCAAGCAUGUCCUGGAGGACAGUCCUGCUGGACACAACGGCACUUUAAAGACUGGAGACAGGAUUGUCGAGGUGGACAGCGUGGACUUGAGAGAGGCCAGUCAUGAGGAGGCGGUGGAGGCCAUACGCAAUGCAGGCAACCCCGUGUCCUUCUUGGUGCAGAGUAUCAUCCACAAGCCCAGGUGUGCAUCGGCAUCUGUGGCAGAGACCACAGAGGACAAUGCAGUAUCUGUACUGAGAGACAAGAAGGACAAGGAGGCUGACAGUCACAGUAGACUUGUCCUGCGCCUCUCCCCAACUAACCCUUUCACUCCUACCCCGUUUAAGGCGAAAAAGCAUGAGACAAAGUCUCAUGUCCCAGUCGGCAGCAGUGGGGUUGUUGCCCUGCCGGUGGUGCCGCACAUCGGUGAGACGGACACCGACGAGCUGACGGAUAUCCCCGGCUGGCCUUUGGAAGAUGCUCAGGAGGGGAACAAUGAGGAAGAAGAAGAGGUUGAUGAGUUUGGAUACAGCUGGAAGGACGUCAUCCAGCGCUAUGGCAGACUGCCAGGUGUCCUGCACAUGAUCGAGCUGGAGAAAGGCAAGACAGGACUGGGCCUCAGCCUGGCGGGCAACAGGGACCGCUCCCGCAUGAGCGUGUUCGUGAUCGGCAUCGACUCAGCAGGGGCGGCUGGGAGGGACGGACGCAUGCUAGUCGGGGAUGAGCUACUGGAGAUUAAUGGAGAGGUCCUCUAUGGCCACAGUCACCAGAAUGCAUCGUCCAUUAUCAAAAGCGCCCCGUCCAGAGUCAAAAUCAUCUUUAUACGGAACACAGAAGCCCUGGAGCAGAUGGCGGUGGGUCCUGUGAGAGAAACUGAGGGAGACACAAUAGACCCUCAUGAAGAGGAAGACGAUGAGGAGACCACAGAGGUGAAAGUGCAUGAAGAAUAUAGUGUUCAACACACCGAAAGCUGCACUGGAGGUGCCAGGAACGAGAAACCAGACCUUGCCUACACCAUGGAAACGAUUCAAAACAGCCCAGAUGAAAGCAUAUCCAACGUGAUUCGCGCAGGUCAACUGGAAACAGCCGCGAGUCAUAGCUUUUCAUUGGUUCAAAACGACCCACAAGGCCACACCACCGUAUCCAGCGUGCUUUGUCAACUGGAAACAGCUACGAGUCAUAGCCAGUCGUCGGUUCAAAACAACCCAGAAGAAGGCUUCGCCUGCUUACCCAGCGGGCUUUGUCAACCGGAAACGACCACCAGUCAUAGCCAUUUAUCAACUCAAGACAACCUAGAAGAAGGCCUCGGCAGCAUAUCUAGUGUGCUUUGUCAACUGGAAACAGCCACAGGUCAGAGCCGUUCAUCGACCCCUUCUACACUAACCUGCGACCCAGCCACAUGCCCCAUCAUCCCGGGCUGCGAGACCACCAUCGACAUCUCCAAAGGGCGGACUGGACUCGGGCUCAGCAUUGUAGGAGGAUGCGACACCCUGCUGGGAGCCAUCAUCAUCCAUGAGGUCUACGUAGAAGGAGCAGCCUCCAAGGACGGCAGACUUUGGGCCGGAGACCAAAUUCUAGAGGUGAAUGGCAUCGACCUGCGCACCGCGAGCCAUGAUGACGCCAUAAACGUGCUCCGCCAAACCCCACAGGGGGUCCGGCUAAGCGUCUACAGGGACGAGGCCCAGUACAAGGAGGAGGACUUGUGGGACUCCUUCACCGUGGAGCUGCACAAGAGGCCUGGACAGGGACUGGGACUUAGCAUCGUUGGGAGGAGAUCGCGGGACCAAAGGAACGACACAGGGGUAUUUGUGUCCGACAUUGUCAAAGGAGGCUUGGCGGAUACGGAUGGUCGACUCAUGCAAGGCGACCAGAUAUUGACGGUCAACAGCGAAGAUGUCCGGUCCGCCACCCAGGAAGCCGUCGCCGCUCUUCUCAAGUGCUGUGUGGGUUCUCUGAAGAUGGAUGUCGGGAGGUUUAAAGCCGGACCCUUCCACUCGGAACGGAGGUUGUCUCAAAGUAGCCAGAUAGGUGAACCAAGCAGCUCCAAGGUGACCUCAGACUCUGGAAGUGGUCCCAACAAGAGGUGUGCUAGUCAAGAAGAGCACCAAGACGAAGUAAGAACGGUGGAGUUCACUAAAGGCCCCAGCGACUCCCUCGGGGUCAGUAUUGCAGGCGGUGUGGGCAGCCCCCUGGGUGACAUCCCCAUCUUUAUUGCCAUGAUGAACCCCGUCGGCCUGGCGGCGCAGACCCAAAAUCUGAAGGUCGGGGACCGGAUCGUCAGUAUUGGCGAAACCUCGACUGAGGGCAUGAGCCAUUCGCAAGCCGUCAUGCUCCUCAAGAACGCCACGGGGACGAUAAAGCUGCAGGUGGUGGCAGGUGGCGAUAACACCGUGACCGGUCCAGCUCAUGAUCAAGCGACUGGGGGCCUCACAGCUAGCUGCAUCUUUCAGGAUGAGCUCAGCCCACCCCAAUAUAAGACAAUCACUCUGGAGAGAGGACCUGAUGGGUUGGGCUUCAGUAUCGUCGGAGGCUACGGCAGCCCCCAUGGGGAUCUGCCAAUUUACGUGAAAACUGUUUUCGGAAAGGGGGCGGCGGCAGACGACGGCCGCCUGAAGCGUGGGGACCAGAUCAUGGCCGUGAAUGGGCAGCCACUGGAGGGCGUCACUCAUGAGGAAGCCGUCGGUAUCCUGAAAAGGACCAAAGGCAGUGUCACCCUCACUGUGCUGUCCUAAUUUAGACAGUCUUCGUGACCAAAGUAUUUUCUCCAUUUUGACUGUGACUUCAUUUCUUUUUUCAAAUUAUUUUCACGUAAAUUGAUGAUGACAGCACACUGGAGACCACAAACCAAGACCGAACUGAUGAUGAUGUAUUCUGUCAGUGUUGGAUCCCUUUUCUUACACAAGUAUUAUUACAAAUACAUAAAAAAAAAACAGUGUGAUAGAUGAGGCUAUUAUGCUGUUAUGAUCAGUAUUCCAUAAAAAUAUCAUUAUUAGACAUUUAUGUCGUCUAGUGUAUAGUCUUAUCACCUUUUUAUGUGAUUCUAGAAAUGUCCGAGUGACAGAAUCAAAUUUAUUCAUGCAGAAUUUGAAUAAAAAGUGACCUUGUUGAAUUAUA